GAGCACUGUCGAGAGAUAUUUAACAUCACAUCAUUACGGCUGUCCAAUAUGUGAGCGCGUAUCGUUUAAAUAUAUGCGUCACCACAAUGUUAAAACUACUUGGUCGGUACAUUUGAUAUGGACUGACAAUUUGAAUGUAGAUGACAUCGCAAAAGUCAGUUGCCCAACGUUCCAAUAAUUUUGUUCCAUGCUGUGACUUUAUUGCAAAUAUUAGUGUCAAGUAGUAAUGUCCAGAUUAUCGUUUACUUUUAAUUCAAAUUUACUGCAAAAUAUCUAACACAUGGAUUUUUCAGAUCGGUUAGUGAUUUUGGGUAGUGGAAUAAGAAGACGGCUAUCAGAGCUAUGUAGUGACUGUUUAGGUGGAUAUUAGUACUGGCCUUCGUGUCUCCUUUAUAUCUCACUUGAGUAUUUUGUUUCUACACUUUCGGUAAAAUGAAAAACACGAAGUGAGACUGCAGCAUGAAUGCUCCCGUCAUCUUUUGUCUCUAGAUCCAUCAGUCCAUAAUGUACAUUCAGUAGGUUUUCCGACUUCAUAAAUUGGCAUUUAGAUGCAUGUUAGGCUCUGCUUUCUAACGCUGAUCUUGUAAAAUGCAUCUUUAAAACUGGGAUAUAAGUUGUCUGACAUCGAGGUAUGCUAGAAAGACGCGGAUAUCGCUCGCUUCAUAUUAGUCGUUUACAAUUGAAACGAUGGUCAUCUUAUCUUGCCACUGCGUUUGCGAUUCUCUCAUUUGUUUUUAUUUCUGGUGGAAUUUGGCUACUUGAAAAUAAUCGGGUCGAAUCCGAAAUUAUCGGUAGGCGAUAUUACUACGAAGAAGGAGUUUUGUUUGUAAUCAUUGGGAUACUAUUGCUUCUUUCGCUUGUUUGUCAAGCUUUUAUGAUUCAUCUAUUGUUUGUUUCGAAAAAACCAUGGAGAUUUACUGAAGUCAAGGUAAAGAGAGCAGUUGCACUGUAUUUAGUUUUUCUGUUUGCAGUGACAAUCCCUCAUAUUUAUUGUUUGUACCAUGUGAAAACAAUUAGAACAAAAUUAAUAUGGUCAAUUAAAGAACAAACUGAAGAGGCUUUGAUUAGCUUGUACGGAUUUGAACCCGAUUUUACAUCUGCGUGGGAUCAUCUACAGUCUCAAAGUGAAUGUUGUGGAUUUUCGGGUCCUCAAAUAUAUGCCUCUUCAAAAUGGAAAUACAGUCAACCUAAUUCCUCAACUUUUAUCAGCUUAGUACCUGAUUCUUGUCUUACACUUAAAAGCUUAGAAGAACAAGUACUUGAAGAUAUAAAAACUAAGUCUGAUUAUGAAGAACCUAGACAAGUGACUUUUCAAAAAGGAUGCGCAGAAUUUCUUUAUACUCAUAUAGAAGGUGUUCUAAGUGGUUCGUUCAUCGUACCGGUUAUUUCUCUUGUGAUUGUAUCUUUUUCAUUUGUCCUUGGAAUCAUUUUGUGUAAUUUCGUUGUGGUUGGAGAAGAAAUAUAAAACAAUGAGAAAGAUAUUUAACAUCAACUCAAUUAUAAUCAGGCUGUUUUGAUCUGAUCUGAAGAGAAUCUCCAGUUGUUUUUUUCUUUUUUUUUAGAGACCAAACUAUAAUUUCACAUUUGUUUUCGCUUUUUUUCUUUACUUAAUUUAUUUUUUUAGAGAAAAUUGUCUAUUUGCUACUAUUAAUAAUAUAGUAUUACUGCUAUUACUGUCACGAUUUUUUUUCUGUUUAGAAAGUUUAUUUUUCAAUCAGUUAUUCAUUUAUUUUUCACCAUUGAUUUUCUCGUUGAUUUGAAUUGCGAGGAAAGGUGUCUGAUCAAGUAUGAUUUUAUCAUUAUUAUUAUUAUUUACUGCUUAGUCCGCCUUAUUACUUUUAUUACUCUACAUAUUCUGUCUGUAUAUUCACUGAUUUAUACAUACGUGAAGUGUAUUAGCUUUUUACGAUGAAUAAAUCAAUUCAUGAUGAUGAUUAUGGUGAAAUGAUUUCAUAUUAUUGUUUCUUUUCCAACGAUCAAUCUACUUAGUGUACAUUAUUUUAUGCAGUUAUUUUAGUGUAUAUUUAGCUUUAAAUUCUAUCUUUUUUAUGGAAGGUUGGUUAUGUUAUUUAAGUACCGGACUCUGUGUUUCAGUGUUUGGAAGUGAACAACUGCAACCAUACUGGAAAGACUUCUCGUUCUACUGCUCUAACUUAUCAAGUAUAAGAUUUCCAUAUAAAACAGGACAUUUUUAUGUUUGCGAUCACAUCGACAACUCUUGAAUACACUUCGAUAUCAGAAUAGAAUAUCUGUCCUCUCUCUUGUCCCGAGCUACGUCAAAAGAUAUAUCUUGUAAGAUUAGUUCAUAUCCGAAUUUAUUCAAGUUUAUAUCACUUACAUUCAGUGAUUACAGAAUUUGUCAAACCGAACAAAUUUCGU